GGCUGAGUUUCAUUCAAAAUCCGAUGUGUGAUAGUCCUACUCGAUAUCAUUUGACUAUCGAACAAAAAGGCGUUAGAAUUUAUUACAGGUGUCCGAAUCAACAAAUUCUUCUUCAGCCCGCGGAAGAUAAAACGAUGUGCAACACUGGCGUUUUUGUGCAUUUGCGAUAUUAAAACGGUUAGUCAGUGGUCGUGUAUUUUUUCUAGGAACCAAACUCAGAACUGAAUGUUUAUUAUUCACUGUGUGCAUCUCACUGGGUGCAGCCAUGUUUGCGUGACGUCAUACUCGCGCGUGUUGACAAAAUCAGAGCUGCUGUGGAUUUUUGCACGAGUUUCGAAGUUGUAAGUUGGAGCUCUAUUGUACUUCCAAAUACAACGCUGGUUCAACGCAACACAGCAUAACAGCUGAAACAUGUCUGACAUAUGUGUGAAAAUGGAGUUUAUUAAAGAGGAGAGUGAAGACAUGGGAUAUGAAGAAGCAUACAGAACGAAAAUUGAAGAUACAAAGGAAGAAACUGAUCUGAUGGGAAUCAAAGAAGAAAGUGAAGAAUUGAAUGAAGACGAGGAGAAACAUCAAUAUCAGAAACCCAAUCACUUCACAGCUGGGGAAAAUUGCUUGAGCCUCUUAAAAGCUGAAAAUAAUUUCUCAAAAACAAAAACAGAAGCCAAAAAAUCUUUCACCUGCCCUCAGUGUGGAAAGCAUUUCACCACUAAAGGGAACCUUAAUGUGCACCUCAAAAUCCACACUGGAGAGAAGCCUUUCACCUGCUGUCAGUGUGGGAAGAAUUUUGCCACUAAAGGAAAUCUUAAUGUACACAUAAGAAUUCACACUGGAGAAAAGCCUUUCACCUGCCUUCAGUGCGGAAAGAGUUUCCCGUUUAAAGGAAGGCUUAAUAUGCAUAUAAGAAUUCAUACUGGAGAAAAGCCUUUCACCUGCCCUCAUUGUGGAAGGAGUUACCAGUGUAAAACAUACCUUAAUAGGCACAUGAAAAUUCACGAGGCCCAGAACCCUUUCACCUGUGCUCAGUGUGGAAAAAGCUUUACAAUGAAAGAAGGCUUGAAACGUCACAUGAGAAUUCACACUGGAGAUAAAUCCUUCACCUGCUCUCAUUGUGGGAAGGGUUUUAUACAUAAGAGAAACCUUGAUUCACACAUAAAGAUUCAUACUGGAGAGCCAUCCUUAUGUGUUGAGAAAGCGAAGAGUUUUGUUAAGUGUGAAACACAAAUAAUAAUCGAAAAGGAAUCAUUCACAUGCCCUCAAUGCGGCAGGAGUUUCACAGAUAGAGCAACGUUUAAUACGCACGUGAAAAUUCAUACUGAAGUAGAGCUGUUCACUUGCCUCCAGUGUGGGAAGAGUUUCCCAUGUGAAGAGUAUCUUAACAGACACAUGAAAGUUCACACUGGAGAACAGCCUUUCACCUGCUCUCAAUGUGGAAGUUGUUUCACAGACAAAAGAAGCCUUAAGAAACACAUGAGAACUCACGCUGAGGAGAAACCAUUCACGUGUUCUCAGUGCGGGAAGAGUUUCACACGUAAAGAAACCUUUAAUGUGCAUGUGAGAGUUCAUAAUGGAGAAAAGCCUUUCGGAUGCCUUCAGUGCGGAAAGAGCUACCCAUAUGAACGAUGCCUUAGGAGGCACAUUAAAACUCACGCCGAGGAGAAGCCUUUUACCUGCUCUCAGUGUGGAAGAAAAUUCACAGAGAAAGGAAGCCUUAAGAUUCACAUGACAAUCCACACUGGAGAGAAACCUUUCGGAUGCUCGCAGUGUGAGAAGAGUUUUAGACGUAAGGGAGGACUUAAUGAGCACAUGCGAAUCCACACUGGAGAAAAGCCUUUCACGUGCCUCCAGUGCGGAAAGAGUUUCGCCGUUAAAGGAGGGUAUAAUUUGCACAUGAGAACUCACACUGGAGAAAAACCCUACGUUUGUCAGCUGUGUGGGAAGAGUUUCAUAUUAAAAGCAAUACUUCAUAUGCACAUGAGAGUUCACACUGGAGAGAGGCCUUUCGUGUGCGUUCACUGUGGGAGAAGAUUCAGACGGAAAGUAAACCUCAAUCUGCACACGAGACUUCACACUGGAGAAAGGCCUUUCGUGUGCCAACAUUGUGGGAAUACUUUCACGUGGGCAAGAAGUCUCAAACAACACAUAGCACGAUUUUGUAAGGUUAUUCAGUGCUGAUCAGGAUGGAACAUGUUUUACUUUAGCAGCAGCCCAUAAAACACUUGAACAUUCAUGCAAAUGAGUAGAAUGUUUUUUUGGUGAAAGCAUUUUAAAGAGAACAAGGUAAAACUGCUUGGUGUGUGGAAAGGCCUUGUCAAGUACCAGUGACUUGGGACGUCACCAAAGAAUCCAUAAUGGAGAAAGACUGUACAAGUGUUCCUAAUGUGGAAAGAUUUGAAUCCAAUCCGGACAACUGAAAUGUGAAUAUGUAUUAUGGCGAGAAGACUGAAGCUGUACUUUAUAAUUAGUUUGCAAAGUAAUUGUUAUGUUGUUGAUGAAAGAUUCCAUUUGUUUUUGUAAAUAAUGAUAAAGAUGUAUACACAGUGUAUUCAGUGUGUAAGGAAAAUAUUUUGUUUACUUAUGGUUACACCACAUGACA